AGUUGGGGUGGAGUGAACUUGGACAUCCACGAUGACUUUUUUUUCCCUCUUUAUAUUUAAUUAGGCAGCUGCACAGCAAAGCAAAGCCAUGCUGUAGUGUGCCUGAUGGAAAAACCGAUCCUAACAUGACAUCACAUGAGCACUGUGUGUAAAUGUACUCGAGUUAGUCGUGUGAGGGGGAAGUUGUGUGACUAACAUGGGGGAUAUCAGUGAAGCUUCUCUGCUGGAAUACAUCUAUUCCUCCGGCGGAAAAGUUACAAAUUCAGACUUGAUGAAGACCUAUAAGCAGUUUGUAAGCCAUAGUGAUUUACACUUACGUGCCAAAUACAGGGAGGACUUCAAGCUCAUCAUCGACAGAAUAGCUGUGUGUAAGUGUGAGAAUGGAGAGAAGUACCUUAUCCUGAAGAAGAAGUACAGGCAGCUCAUGCAGGAGCGUGAAUCUGAGCCUUCGGCUUCAGCGCAGGAGCUGAAGAUGAAAAAGAACACAGUCGAAUGGUGUGUAGGACCCACCAUUACUGUUACUGAUGCCCAAGACCCAGACGAGAGGCAGGAUGUGACAGUUGACCAACCCUCAGUGGAGAACCCAGAACUUCUGUCAGAGGAGAACCCUGAACCCACAGACGCAGAGGAUGAACUGGAAAAGGACUCAGGGUCAAAGUCAGAAUCGGAGCAGGAGGAGGAAUCUACGGGUAUUGUAAGCCCUGCAGCUGUUGCUCUGGAUCCUAUUGAGAAAGAGUGGAUCUGUUCUGCAGCAUGUGGCAGACUCUCACACCUCACCCAGCUGCUCAAACGGGACGCCUCACUGGCCAACAAAAAAGUAACCAGUUUUACUUUUCCUGCCUCACACUUUAAAUCAAACCUUCUAAAACAGAUCAAUCAGCAAAUUAAACCUGAGAAAGUCCUGAUGUUCCAAAUCAUGUUUUUUUUUGUAUGUAUGUUCACACCAAUCCAGGAUUUUACCUCAUGUGGCCAGAGGGGCACCCCGCAGGGCCUAGACAGGAAGUUGAGCAAUAAGGACAGGAGACGCCACAUCCUGUUGGCCAUCGUCCGUCACUCCACGCCCCCAGAGACCUGUCGGCCUGUCGCUCAAACGGUUGAACUGAGUGCUGUCUGUGUUCCUCAGACUGCUCUGCACUGGGCUGCUAAGCACGGAAAAGAGGACAUGGCUGCUGCGAUGGCUGACGCAGGGGCCGACGUCAACACCAAAGCUGGAUACACACCUUUACACAUUGCUGCACUACAUGGCCAUGUGCAUAUAUUUAAUCUACUCAUCCAAACAUAUGGUGCUAAGGAAAAUGUGCGAGACUACAGCGGUCACUUAGCAUCCCAUUACCUGAAUAUACAGAAAGCAGAGGAGAGCAGUGAUCUGAAUGCCGGAUACUCCAGCCCAGCGCAGGUGACCGAGCGCCGCAACAAGAAGUUAACGUCUCUGUUUCACUCACGGAAGAAAUGGGGUUCUGCAGAAGAUCUGGCGCCCGUCCCGGAGGAGAGGAGCGUCUCGCAUCAGCUCAUCGUCCCUGCCUUCAGACCCAGGAAGUUCUCCCGCUGAACUCUCAUCACUGCUAUACGGCGCCACAACAAGGGUUGAAGUACAAGUAGUUCUCUUACAGUGUAAACAUUUGUGGACCUGGUAUUUGUUCUACACACAAAUACUGUAUAUUUCUUAUUUCGUAGCUAUGCGAUAAUAUUAAACUCUUACUGUUUUAUUUAUGUUUUUGUGUUAGAGGCUUUAUACCUCUAAAAAUAUCUUUUUUUCUUGUUUUCAUUCCUGUAUCUUUUUUAUUUUCCUCCACACAAUAUGAGGGUCAAGGUCAUACGGGCUGAUAAAAAAUAACCUGUUUUAUUUUUUUAUUCUGUUAAUGAUAAAAAUAUACAGAAGUUGUCAUGCUGCUACAUGCUUUCUAAGGCUUACAGAACCACAUUUUGCCUGGUUGUUAUUUUUUAGCUUUACAUGACUAUUUUAAAAUGUAUUUUAUUUUGCAUAUUUCUGUUAGUAAAUGAAAAUAGUAAUAGUAAUAAAUAGUAAAUGAAAAGUAUUAUACCAGUGACAUCUUGUUUAAGGUGACACUAAUUUGUGCCUUAUGCUCUAAGUGUAAAAUUUUUUUGCUUAUUUUUUUGUAGUGCUUAAAAAUGUUGUAAUGCAUAUUUUUCAAAUUGACAUGAACAAAAAUAUUAUUUUUUUUACUCAUAAGUUUUGUCUACAUUGGCUCACAUUUAUGCUGAUUGUUAUGCUGUCAUUAUUAAUAAUUAGCAAAUUUCUCUCUAAUGACUGGGUCAAACACAUUCUUGCCAAGUUCUUUUCUAAUAAAAACCUGAUUUUGGGAUAAAA